UGUUUAUAUUGACAUUUGGCCAUGACGUUUGACGUUUCGGAAUUUGACAGUUUUGCCUUUCUUUUACGUCAGGCUUUCAUUUCCGAUAGGACUUGGAAUAGCAGAUAAGCAUCUUCUUAAACAAAAUGGUUAAAGCAAAGGGUGAAAAACGCAACAAAUCCGCCAUCAAUGAAGUGGUGACCCGCGAGUGCACCAUUCAUAUGUCCAAGCGCGUGCACAACAUUGGCUUCAAGAAGCGUGCUCCUCGUGCCAUCAAGGAAAUCCGCAAAUUCGCCGAAAAGGAAAUGGGCACCACUGAUGUCAGAAUCGAUACCCGUUUGAACAAACAUAUCUGGUCCAAGGGUAUUAGAUCCACUCCUUUCCGCGUACGUGUACGUUUGGCUCGCCGCCGUAACGACGAUGAGGACUCUCCCAACAAAUUGUACACCUUGGUCACCUAUGUCCCCGUCCCCACUUUCAAGAACUUGCAAACUGAAAAUGUUGAAUCCAAUGACGAUUAAACUAAUCGCCACCAUCUAGACAAUCCUCCAUUCCCAUGAGAACUAUGUAUUGCCAGCUAAGGCAAUAUGUUUUUUUCAAAUUGGCAAGGAUUUGAUAUUUGUUUGUUUUAAAACGCGGGCUUAGAUUUAAACAAGAAAAUGAAAGUACAUUUAUUUUUUAUGGUGAAUAAAAAAACUUAAGAAAAACAAAAAGUUUUACCAUUUGAAAUGAAAA